AGAACGCGCGACGUGUCCCCUAGUGUUAAACUGUGAAGUUCUGUGAAGUGUUUGCGUAAACUGGAAUUGUUACUUGCCUAAGUAAUCAAAGAACGCACCAAAAACAUGCGAUGAACAGUGUGUGAUGAACAUAGUGUUUGUGUGUAGACUGUCAUGUGUUUUCGGACGCAUAAUGUAAACUAGCAACAUGUGGGCCGCGGAGCUCAGUUGUAUCUUCAUAUUGUUCGGUGUGACAGCCGGCGCCGGCGGCUGGGAGCCGCUGGGCCAGCCGUACUUCGACAACAGCACCAAGCGCGAGGCCACCGCCGCCGUGGGCCAGCCCGCCUACCUGCACUGCCGAGUGCGCAACCUGGCCGACAGAGCGGUAUCAUGGAUAAGGAAGCGUGACCUACACAUACUGACAGUGGGGGUGCACACGUACAGCAGCGACGCGCGGUUCGCGGCGCUGCACGCAGACGGCUCCGACGAGUGGACGCUGCGAGUGUCGCCCGCGCAGCCGCGCGAUUCCGGCGUCUACGAGUGCCAAGUGUCCACCGAGCCUAAGAUCAGUCUGUCCUUCAGGCUGACUGUUGUUGUGUCAAAGGCUGAAAUCCUAUCUGGGCCCGAGCUCUUCGUGAGGGCGGGCUCCGACAUCAACCUCACAUGCGUCGCUAAAUACGCCCCUGACCCGCCGAGUUUCAUCUACUGGUACCGUGGCGAGCAGGUGGUGAACUAUGCUCAGCGCGGCGGCAUCAGCGUGGAGACGGAGCAGAGGACGCGCACCAGCCGCCUGCUCAUCGCGCGCGCCAUGCCGCACGACUCCGGCAACUACACCUGCGCGCCCAGCAGCUCAGAAUCCGCGUCCGUGAUAGUCCACGUACUGAGCGGGGAGCGGCCGGCGGCGAUGCAGAGCUCCAGCUCCGUGCCCCGGCAGAUGCGACCGGCGGUCAUCACCGGCCUGGCCGCCACCACCAUCCGCCGGCCCUGGCUGCCCCUCUCCAUCACCAUAGCGGUCUACUGCUUCACUUCCCUCUGCAUCGUAUACUCAUUAUUCCUAGUCAACAUCGGCAUGCAUCUCUUCUUCGGCGACUUCGCGGUAAUCCGCCACGAUAGAUGACCAAAUUUAGGGUAGACGCAGUUUGGAAAUUUUAAUAAUGCUUGUAUGUAACGAUUAAAUUUAAUGUUACUUAUGUAAUUGUGUAUUAAAUACAACGAUAUGUAGAUAAUAAUAAACGUUAAGUUUCUUUGUGUUAAGAUUCAUCGUUAUUUAUGAAAUAACGAUAAAAUUGUGUAACGGAUACCUACUGUA